AUGAGAUUUCUUGACAAUCUCGAAAAGAUAGCUCCAACUGCCAGCUCCAUCCAGCAUCUUUUAGAAAUGCCUUCAUCCCAUGUUGAUGUGCAAAUGGAUACUAUUCAAGAGGAUAACUUGAGUGAUUUUGACGAUUCCGUAAUGAAUUCUGCAUACUCACCAUCAGAAGCAUCACAAAUAUCAUCAUGUCCCUCAUCGGCACGGGCUAAAAAGUACAGUAAUGUGCAAAAGCAAACUGAAAUUGAAAAGAAAUUUCUAAAUAUGAUUGAUGAAGAAUUGUCGCAGAAAAAACGUGAUAUAGUUGACAGUUAUUUAGAACAGCUUGGCGAUAUACUACGCUGA